AUUUAACUCUGAAAAAUAUAGGAUGUCAGAGGUUAUCAAAGAUCUAUGAGUCAAUCAAAUGAGUCAUGUUAGAAUCCAAAGUUCAACUGAAAGGUUUUGAGUUUUCCUUCAUAGAUUACAGUUGGAAAUGUUUUGUCGAAAAUUGCUUUCACCUUUUCAAGACACAUGAAAGAAACAAUAACACGGAUACCAAUAGCCACAUAUUGCAAAUUUUUAAAGAAAAUGAGAAAGAGUGGAGAACGUUGUAGAAAAAUGGCCGAAGUCGUGUUCUCCAUAUUUUUAAUCGACAAAGCCGAGGAUGUUUUACUUGAUUUAGUGAUGAUCAAGAUUCUUGAAGUGGAAAAUAUCACAUAACAAUCAAUUGAAGACCCCAAAACUAAAAUAAAUAUCUUACCUUAUUUCAUUUGUUCCAAAAUACCUUAAAGUGAAAUAUAUUGUUAUUAUUUUCUGCCGAUGACAAUAGAGUCUUUUCUUUGCUCUUUGUUUUGUGUUGAUUUGUUUUUAUUGAAAUAAGCACUCUUUUUGUAGGUUGAGUAAAUAAGAUUGUUUACUUUAACCCCGUCAUACAUUUGUAUUUUCUUAGUAUAAAAUACAAUCUAUAAUGUGAAGGUAAUUAGCAAAGUGGUUUGCGAUAACGUUUUCCAGUAGCAGAUUCACUUUAAGGAAAUUCAAUUACAUCUGUUAGUAAAAAAUUCCAUAAAUGUCUGGUUGCAGUACAUCAUUGCAUUUCUUCACACGUCUCAACUUUCAGCAAUGCAAUUAUAUAAAUGGCGCCAACCUUACUGGUCUUUAAAAGCACUUUCGUCUGUCGCAACACCUGUACUUAGGUGUAAUCGUGACAUCUGAGAAUCACCUUAAAAUCAGAGACAGAUAUUCAAUAGCCCGACCAUGGUCAGAGUAAUGAAAAAAUAUUUUUAGAAACAGACACGUGCAAGUUUCUCAGGUUGGUUUUCCGGGAAAUAUUUUAAUCUUAGAAGAAAUCGGCACACUAAUGUCAUUUUAAUACACUCUUUAUUCACUUCUGUCCCAAUGAUACAUAUAAAGUUGAUUUCUAAAAAUGAACAGGUUAAAAGCCUGGUAAUCCAAUCAAAUCUAUAAAAUUGUGGAUAUAGUAGACUGUCUUUAUAAAUUUCAAAUCAAUAAAGUUCUGCAACUUCUAGUAACUAUGUCAAUCGGACAUAAAAAAGGCUACUUUUAAUAAGAAGGUAUAAAUAUAUAACCUUAUCAGAAAAAAUUUACACGU